AAUCAUCUCUUCUCUAAGAAGUCUACAUUUCUCCCUUGAAGAAAAUGUCAACCCACCAGGAAUCCCAUGGGACUUCAGCAUCAAACAGACAAAGUGAAGGCUGUGAAGAUAGAGGUGAUCAGCAUACAUCUUCUGGUGUCCACAUUGAUGAGCACAUUACUGGUCCUAGAAGUAAUACCCAAGAGCAGCCAAAUACUAGAGAAACUUCUGCUGGAAACUAUGGCGAGGAACACACUCAAAGUGGUCCAGGUCAGGAACAUAGGGAAACAGCUAAUAACAUGAACAGAAGUGACCACAGAAGAAACUUGGUCUCCGGGACUGAUCAUGGUUCAGGAAAUGACUCAUUUGGAAAUCAGAAAGGUGGUUCUAGUAGUGUCUCUGGGGGUGGUUCUUCUGGUGUUCACUCAAACAGUGAAUCUAAUGUAGGCUAUGAUAGCAGUUCCAGUGGACAUGGUGGCAUUUCCAAGGCAGGGCAAAGUGGAGGUCAGGGCGCUAGCUCUGGGGGAUAUACGGUUGGCUCUAGUGGAGGUCAUAGUGGAGAAUUUGACAGAGGUUCUAGGAAACAUGAUGUUGUGUCCAUGGGUGGACAAGGGGGAAGCAAGGGUGGCAGCUCUGGUGGAAAUAUAGGUGGUUCUAGUGGAAGUCAUAGUGAAGAAAAUGAAAGCGUUUCUAGGAGACAUGAUGCUGUGUCCAUGGGUGGAAAAAGUGGAAGCAAGGGUGGCAGCUCUGGUGGAUUUACAGGUGGCUCUAGUGAGGGUCAUAGUGGAGAAUUUGACAGUGGUUCUAGGAGACAUGAUGCUGUGUCCAUGGGCGAACAAAGUGGAAGCAAGGGUGGCAGCUCUGGUGGACAUACAAGUGGCUCUAGUGGAGGUCAUAGUGACGAAAAUGACAGUGGUUCUAGGAGACAUGAUGCUGUGUCCAUGGGCGAACAAAGUGGAAGCAAGGGUGGCAGCUCUGGUGGACAUACAAGUGGCUCUAGUGGAGGUCAUAGUGACGAAAAUGACAGUGGUUCUAGGAGACAUGAUGCUGUGUCCAUGGGCGGACAAAGUGGAAGCAAGGGUGGUAGCUCUAGCGGACAAACAGGUGGUUCUAGUGAGGGUCAUAGUGAAGAAUUUGACAGUGAUUCUAGAAAACACGAUUCUGUGUCCAUGGGUGGACAAAGUGGAAGCAAGGGUGGCAGCUCUGGUGGAUAUACAGGUGGCUCUAGUGGAGGUCAUAGUGGAGAAUAUGACAGUGGUUCUAGGAGACAUGAUGCUGUGUCCAUGGGUGGACAAAGUGGAAGCAAGGGUGGCAGCUCUGGUGGACAUACAGGUGGCUUUAGUGGAGGUCAUAGUGAAGAACAUGACAGUGGUUCUAGGAGACAUGAUGCUGUGUCUAUGGGCGGACAAAGUGGAAGCAAGGGUGGCAGCUCUGGUGUAUAUACAAGAGAUUCUUCCAGUGGAGGACAAAGUGGAGGCUAUGGAAGUGGUCCUAGAAGACAUGCUGCUGUGUCAGUGGCUGAACAAAGUGGAAGCAAAGGUGGCAGUUCUAGUGGAUAUACAGGUGGCUCCAUUGGAGGUCAUAAUGGGGACUAUGACAAUAGUUCUAGGAGACAUGUUGCUGUGUCAAGUGGAGGACAAAGCCAAGGUGCCAGCUAUGAUGGAAAUAGAGGUGGCUCUAUUCGAGGGCAACAUGGAGGCCAUGACAGUGGUUCCAGGGGAUAUGCUGGCGCUUCUAGAGAUGUGCAAGGUGGAAGUCAUGGUGGCAGUUCUGGUGGAUAUACAAGUAGUUCUUCCAGUGGAGGCUAUGGAGACAGCUCCAGAGAACAUAGAGGCACCUCUAGAAAUGCUCAAAGUGGAGACCAUGUUGGUAGCUCUGGAGGAUCUACUGGUUUAGGGGGUGGUCAUUCUGGUGGACAGAAUGGAGGCUAUAGUGGUAGUUUUAGCAGCAGGUCAGGAGGCUUUUCUAGCAGAGGUUCAGCUAACCAUCAAGGCUCUGGUAGAAUCUGUGGAGGAAAUUCUGGGCAAAGAGGAGGCUUUAGCAAUUGUUCCCUUGGAGAAGUUAGUCUUCAUCAAGCUGGAGGAAAGGAAACCAUGCAGAAUCUUAACUCUCGCUUGGCUACCUAUAUGGACAGAGUGCAUGCUCUAGAAGACGCUAAUGCAGAACUUGAAGUCAAGAUAAAAAACUGGUAUGACACCCAUAAACUUCAAAAAGUCGAUUACACCAAAUAUUACAAGACCAUUGAAGAACUAAAAAAUAAGAUAUUUUCUUCUAUUUUGGAUAAUAAUCAUCUCACUGUGGAAAAUGACAAUUCUCAACUGGCUGCAGAUGAUUUCAAAGCAAAGUAUGAAAGUGAACGCUGCCUGUUUCAAAAUGUGGAUGCCGAUGUCUCUGGAUUACGUAAUGUUCUGGAUGACUUGUCCUAUGAUAAGUCCAACCUUGAAGCUCAGUUUAAGAGCCUAACGGAGGAACUUGCAUACCGUAAGAAAACCCAUGAAGAGGAGAUGAAGGCCAUGCAAGGUGUCUCUAGUGACGUGACAGUCCAGAUGGACGCUGCUCCUGGAUUCAACAUUCUAAAAAUCUUGAAUGAUACCAGAUCUCAGUAUGAAGGGUUGGCUGAAGAAAAUCGCAAAAAAGCAGAGGAAGAAUACCAGCAACAGAUCAACGAGCUGAAGAGCGAGAUAUCUGAUAGCAAUAAACAGAUUGAGUCACAAAAGAGUCAAGUUAUGGAACUGAGACGCACUGUACAGAAUUUGGAGAUAGAACUGCAGACACAGUGUGCCACGAAAAACACCUUGGAGAGGGCGCUGGCAGAGACAGAAGGUCGAUACUAUGAUGAGCUGACCGAAAUUCAAAACAAGGUGAUGACCCUGGAGGAUCAGCUGUAUGACCUCCGACACGAACUGGAAACCCAGUCACGAGAGUACAAGCUUCUGCUGGACAUCAGAAACAAGCUGGAGAAUGAGAUAGACAUUUACCACAAGCUUCUAGAAGACGAAGAAAGAAGUUCAGCGCGCGGUAAUGGUUAUGGUAACGGUAAUGAUAACGGUCAUGGUAAUGGUAAUUAUUCAUCAAGACAAGGAGGAAGGUCAGCUUCAUCUUCAGUCUCCGAUCACAGAAGAAGCGGGGCAGGGACCGAAUUUGCUGAACACAGAAUGGACGGCAGAAAUGUCUCAACCAAUGUGAAUGAGAUCCAUCAGAAUAAAUAAACCAGAAAGAUUCAGUUUCUUGACAUGUUAAGGACCGAUCCUCAGUUAAUGACCACCCCAGUGCAUAACCUCCACCACAUCCCACUUUCCCCAAUAAACGACUGACAACAUUGUGGAGUAAAAUUGGCCUUACGGCCUUUUUUUUUAACAAUUUCUAUAAUUAACAUAAAUAACCGUUUUAAAUAACUUUAUACAAAACUUUCCAACAUCUUGGUGGUCUAAGAGACCACAACUCACAAAUUGGACACUGGGACAAAACUAUUUAACUCAGAGGCAGUACACAUGUCCGCAGUGACCUACCAGUUAACUCCUUCCUGGUCAACCCUUGUUAACCGAAAGGUACCCGUAACCCCCAUACCACCUAUGGGUACCACUGUUUUCCUAAAACUUCCUGCCUUUUCUCCUCUUCCAGAGACCCAACACCGCCCCCCCCCCUACA